AGCCACGCUCCUUCAGUUUUUAGGGCUUAAAGGGGCGGCUCCUGGGUUUUAAAAAGAAAUUCACACACACACACACUCUCUCUCUCUUUCUCUCUCUGUGUGUGGAAAGUAGAAGAAAGGAAAUGGCUUUCUGGGGAAUUGAAGUAAAACCCGGAAAGCCUUUUACUCAUAAAUUCGAUGACUUGAGAGGACGGCUCCAUAUUUCCAUGGCGACGUUGGGGUUCGGUAAUGCUACAAAUAAAAGCAUACUUCAGUGUAAUGUAGGAAAUAGGAGCCCUGUUUAUCUGUGUUCUUUGUAUCCUGAAAAGACUGAAUCUUUGCAACUAAACUUGGAAUUUGAGGAGGCUGAUGAAGUCAUCUUCUCUGUUAUUGGUCCUCGGAGCAUUCACCUCUCUGGUUACUAUCUGGGUCGUGGUCGAAAUACCUGUCUGAAUGAUGAUUCAGAAUCCUAUGGGGAAGAUAUUGCUGACACAGACACACAGAGGUCAUGUGACAGUGAUGAGGAUCGAUAUGAGGAUAGCUUUAUUGAUGACGGAGACCCAAAGUUGUUCCCUACUUCACCUAUUUCCAGUGGUGGAGGGGAGAUUUCAGAUGAUAAGAAACCUAAGAAUGGAAAGGGCAGCCAUAGACGACUUAGGAAGAAGUAUCAAUCGGUUGAGUCUGAUGAUGAGGGAUGUUCUCAACCAAAAACUGUUGCCAACGGUACUUCUAGUGUUCCAAUCCCUGAAAGCGAAGAUGACGACACUUUCCCAAUUUCCUCGUUAUACAAGAGUAAAACCACUGCAAAGGAAGGUACACAGGAAGCUGAAGAAAAAGUAGACAAGGGAACUGAUGAAAGUGGCCACAAGAAAACAGAGGACACUGGCAAGCAUGAUGCUGAAUCAAAAGGAAAUAUUGUUAUUAUUGUAGAUGGUCAACCAAAAAGGAAAUCUGAUGUGCCAGUUGAUCUCUUAAUACCGUCUUCUGAAGAAGGCCGUGAAAAUGGUGGAAUGCCUAAGAAGAAGCGCAAAGAGCGGUCAGCAAAGGGGAAAUCAUGUGAAACUGAUGAAACACAGCAAGCAGAUGGUCUGGCCCAUGAUUUGAUUGUAGAAGAUAAAAAAGAGCAGGAGGUGGUGAAUGAUAACAGUGGAGCUGAAAUGAUACAUAAUUUCUUACAGUCUUCCACUAACGUAAACCCCAAAAGUGAGGAAAGGCCAAAGAAGAAAAGGAAAGAGCUUGGAGAAGAUGAGAAACCUUUUGAAAUUGACAGCGCUCAAAAUAGAAAGGUUGGCAAAGAUAAUAAAGCCCAGCAGGAUGAGAGAAAAGCUGACAUAAUGAGCCAAAAUUUGCCUUCUAGAAGUGAGCAAAAUAAGAAAUCAGCCAAUGAUUUUAGAAGUUUCGACCAUGAAUCCUGUGGGUUGGCCGAUGAAAAUCUUUCCAAGGAUAAUAAGGUUACAAAGAAGAAGAAGAAGAAGAAGAAGAAGAAUAAAAUACAAGAGAAUAUGGAAGCUGUACACGCGGAUAUACCUCUCUCAUUAAUUGAAGAGAAGAACACUCCUUGUGUAGAAAUGGAGUCCAAGAGUACCGAUGUUGAAACUUCUCGUGUUAAGACCUUUCCAAAUGGGCUGGUCAUUGAGGAGCUAGAAAUGGGUAAACCAGAUGGAAAAGUUGCUGUUUCGGGUAAAAAGCUUUCUGUGUACUAUGUUGGCAAAUUGAUGAAUGGAGAAGUAGUUGACUCAAAUGUUGGUGGUUCGCCCUACAAGUUUCGGCUAGGCAAGGGAAGAGUUAUAGAGGGUUGGGAUGCGGGUCUUGAAGACAUGCGAGUGGGUGAGAAAAGAAGACUUACAAUCCCACCUUCAAUUGGUUUUGGGAGUUAUGGAGAUGGUAAAAAUAUACCACCAAACUCGUGGCUGAUUUAUGAAAUUGAAUUGGUUAAAGUCCGAUGAUUUCACUUACCCCACUGCCCUUUGUUUCUUUCUUUUUACUUUUGGAGUAUCAAAAACAAGUUUUGAUGAAAUAUAGGUGUUAAAUGCAAAAGCAAAUCCAAGAUCGGAUGUUAGCCGGUUUGAAAUAUAAAUUUUUGUUGUGGCAAACUGGUUCUAAACUUAUACCAGACGGCUGUCUUUUGUAAGAUCAGAUUUUAUUGUAAAGAGUACUUCGUUCAUUCUA